GCACUGGUGGAGGGGGUUAGGGACGCUUUCUUGGAUGUGAGAGCGCAUGUUCCUUCCAGUGGAGACUACCUGAUUGAGGUUCAAGCUGUAACCAAGAUAGGAGGAGGCAGUUUUUCCAUUCCUGUCAAGGUCACUGUGAUGUUUGAAUCAACUGAAAAUUCCACAACAGCUACAAGUCCAACUGCAACUCAGUCAGCUACUAAAGAUGACUCUGUCCUUGGAUUCAUUGCCCUGUUGUUGCUUAUCAUUGUACUGGUAGCAGUUAUCGUUUUUUCUCUGCUUUACUACCGAAGAUACAAGCAAAGAAAGAUGAAGAAAAGAAGAUACAGGGAGACCAUUGCCAACAGCCAUGGUCAGCUACAUCAAUCUACUACCGAUCUCAUCACAACAGAUGAUUCAGAAGUCUGGCAACAAUUGGAUGCCUUGUCUCAGCAAAGAGAAAGAACUAAGAGCAACAAGUACAUAUUUGGAUCAAACAUAGGUUUGUUGCCAUGCACUUACGCUCGAUGGAAAAUUCAGCUUAUCUCAACUGGAGAGUCUUUCUCAGCACAUACCAAAGAGAUACUUCUCACCCAAGACAAUAUCCAACUCUCAAAUGUGAUUGAGAAGUCUGUGGAUGAGAUUUCAAAAACUCUCAUUGAAUUCUCGAGACAAAUUGCACUUGGAAUGCAAUACCUGGCAAAGAACAAGGUUGUACAUCGUGAUCUGGCAGCAAGGAACUGUCUGCUGGACAUGUGUGGGACUGUCAAAGUGGCUGACUUUGGUCUGUCACCACCAACUACUUUCGUCAGGGAAUAA